AUGAACUCUCAGGAGCUCAGCGCAGAGAACAUGAACUCUCAGGAGCUCAGAGCAGAGAACAUGAACUCUCAGGAGCUCAGCGCAGAGAACAUGAACUCUCAGGAGCUCAGCGCAGAGAACAUGAACUCUCAGGAGCUCAGAGCAGAGAACAUGAACUCUCAGGAGCUCAGCGCAGAGAACAUGAACUCUCAGGAGCUCAGAGCAGAGGACAUGAACUCUCAGGAGCUCAGAGCAGAGAACAUGAACUCUCAGGAGCUCAGAGCAGAGAACAUGAACUCUCAGGAGCUCAGCGCAGAGAACAUGAACUCUCAGGAGCUCAGCGCAGAGAACAUGAACUCUCAGGAGCUCAGCGCAGAGAACAUGAACUCUCAGGAGCUCAGCGCAGAGAACAUGAACUCUCAGGAGCUCAGCGCAGAGAACAUGAACUCUCAGGAGCUCAGAGCAGAGAACAUAAACUCUCAGGAGCUCAGCGCAGAGAACAUGAACUCUCAGGAGCUCAGCGCAGAGAACAUGAACUCUCAGGAGCUCAGCGCAGAGAACAUGAACUCUCAGGAGCUCAGAGCAGAGAACAUAAACUCUCAGGAGCUCAGCGCAGAGAACAUGAACUCUCAGGAGCUCAGCGCAGAGAACAUGAACUCUCAGGAGCUCAGCGCAGAGAACAUGAACUCUCAGGAGCUCAGAGCAGAGAACAUGAACUCUCAGGAGCUCAGAGCAGAGAACAUAAACUCUCAGGAGCUCAGAGCAGAGAACAUGAACUCUCAGGAGCUCAGAGCAGAGAACAUUAAACUCUCAGGAGCUCAGAGCAGAGAACAUGAACUCUCAGGAGCUCAGAGCAGAGAACAUGAACUCUCAGGAGCUCAGAGCAGAGAACAUGAACUCUCAGGAGUUUUAAGUUUUGAGCGAAUAAUUUAA